AUGGAGAGCGCCGGCACGGACCCCAAGAUGCAGCUCUUCUUCGACCAGGUGAACGACAUCAAGAACAACAUGGAGCACAUCCGCCACCGCCUUCACAGCUUGCAGGAGGCGAACGAGGAGAGCAAGCUAGUAACGCGAGCGCCAGCCAUGAAAGCGUUGAAGGAGCGAAUGGAGGCGGACAUAGACGACGUGCUCAAGGUGGCGCAGGCCAACAAGCGCCAGAUCGAGGCCCUCGAUCGAGCGAACUUGGAGAGCAGGAAGACGCCAGGGUGUGAGGAGGGCACGGGCACGGACCGCACUCGCAUGUCCAUCACCACGACGAUGAAGAGGAAGCUCAAGGAGCUCAUGAACGAGUUCCAGGAGCUGCGCAGCAAGUUCCAGAGCGAGUACCGGGAAGUGGUGGAGCGCCGCUACUACACAGUAACGGGCAAGCGCGCUGACUCUGAGACCAUAGACACGUUGAUAGAGACGGGCGACAGCGAGUCCAUAUUCCAGAAGGCCAUUCAGGAGCAAGGCCGCGGCCAGCUAAUGGACACGCUAGCGGAAAUUCAGGAGCGGCACAGCGCAGUGCAGGACAUAGAGAAGCAGCUGCUGGAGCUGCACCAGAUAUUCAUGGACAUGGCAGUGUUGGUGGAGUCACAGGGGGAGCUACUGGACAACAUAGAGGUGCAAGUGGGGCAGGCCGUGGACCACGUGCAGCACGGCACCAAGCAGCUCGUAGAGGCGCGCAAGACCCAGCUCAACACACGCAAGGUAACCUGCCCUGCCUCCCUGUCGCCCUGCCUCCCUGUCGCCCUGCCUCCCUGCCUCCCUGUCGCCCUGCCUCCCUGCGUCCCUGCUCCCCCCCUCCUCGCCUCCCAAACCCCCCUCCUGCUGCCCUUUUCCCGUUUCCUUCCCUCUUCCGUGAACGCUUGUCCUCCCCCCUUCCCCCCACUCUCCCUCUCUCCUCAUGGGGUUGCCUGUCGUGGUCAAGCCAUGGGAGUUCGCCAAGCAGUGACAAGCGCCACACCCCUGCUGCUCUCACCCCACUGCCAUCCUCCCCCUCAUCAUCUCCGUUCGCUUCCUGCUGCCUGUGCUGCUCUCACUGCCUGUGCUGCUCUCACUGCCUGGGCUGCACACCAGGGUGCAAACGUCACUCUCGCAGUGAAGCGCCUCUUCCUGCAGCAUGGCAGCGCCACACUCAGUCUCACCCUCUCAUCCCCACCCCACGCCAUCCUCGCACCCUGCCAUUCCAUUCGUUAUAGCACCUGCCAUGUGGCCGCUCUGCACCAUGCCAGCAUGCGUGCCAUGGUGCCUUCAUGCCCUCCGCAGGCGAGGCGGCCUAGUUUCCAUGCCAUUUGCGCCCCUUCACAUUCCACUCCGCGCAAUAAUGCAGGUCACCACCGCAACCCCGUCCUUGCCGUCCUGCUUCCGCUCUCGUUACCACCGCACAUGGCGGCGGGCGGUGCAGGAUCCUCGGAUCGGCCGGUUCCCCGCGAGGAUUCUCCUCCGGACGGCGGCGAUGGCGGCGGAGAGGGCGGCGGAGCUUUGCACGGCGGCGGCAGCGGCGACGGCGCGGAGUCGGGCGCGCCCGAUUACAUCCGCCUGACGGCGGCGCACGCGGGGGAGGACAGCGGCGGGGUGGACGAGGGCGACCCCGCGGACUCCCCCGAUCGGCGCGCGGCGGGCGGCGGGGAGGAAGAGGAGGACGACGGCGAGGGCGCAGGCAUGGCGUACCACGAGGGGCGCGGGGGGGGUGGGGAUUGGGAGGGCGUGGCUGCGGGGGAGCUGGAGUCGCAUGAACCGGACCGCGACGACCGGCACCGCGCGCGUGGCGCUGCUGCGGGGGGAGGCGGGAACGGCGGAGAUUUCGGCGGGGAUCACGGCGAGGCGGAGGUGGAGGAUGGUUACUAUGGGGGAGAUGUUGGCGGAGCGGAUCGAUGGGGGGCGGGGGCGGAGGCGGAAGGAGACGCGGAGCGGGAAGGGGAGGGGGAAGACAGGUGGGCAGAGCAGGGGGAGGCGGACGACAAUGAUCAGGAAAUGGGGGGAGACGCGGACGAUGAUGGCGGUGACGCUGAGGGAAGCGGGGGCGGGGGAGCAGGCGGGGGGGAUGUGAUCGAGGGGGGAAUGGAGGGGGAGGACGGGGGGGAGGAAGGGGAGGUGGUGGGCGGAGGGGAGGAGGACGAUGGGGGCGUGGACGAGGAGCGAGACGCACGACGGGAGGGGGGAGUGCGCGCGGCGAGAGGGGGAAGGGGGCGCGAAGCGGGAGAGAGCAGCGGGGAGGAGGAAGCGGGGGUGGCGCAAGGGGAGGGAGAGGCGGAGCAAGGCAGGUGGGGGGAAAGGGAGAGAGCGGCGGGAGGGGAGGGGGAGGAGGCGGAGGGGGAGGAUGAAUCAGACGAUGACCGGGACUGGGUAGGCGAGGAGGAGGAAGAGGAAGGGUCCGAUGGAGGGGGGGAGGGCGAAGAGGAAGGAGAGGAGGUGGAGCACGAGGAGGGGGAAGAGGGUGAGAGCGAGGGGUACGAGGAAGGAGAGGCGUACGGGGGAGGGGAAGGCGAGGGGGAGGAGGAUGAUGAGGUACAAGAGGUGGAGGGGAGGGGCGGAGGUGAGGAGGAGGAGGAAGACGAGGAGGAGGAGGGAGGUGGCGAAGGGGAGGCGGAGGAAGGCGAGGAGGAGCAGUGGGGUGGGCACGGGGGGUGUUAUGUUGUAUCAGGGGACAGGGCGGGCGCGAGGGGGCGAGCGAGCAGGCAACCCGUGCAUAUUGACCUGGAUGAUGAUGAUGAGGAGGAGGGGGAGGGCGAGGAGGGAGAGGGCGGGCAGAGAGCGGAGGGUGUGUGUGAUGGGGUGAGGGAAGUGAGCGUGAGAAGGAUGGAGCCCGGCGAGGAGGAAGGGGAGGACGAGGAGGAGGAGAGUGCAGGAGAGGGGGAAGGGCAGGGAGGGGCAGAAGGCGUGGAGGCAGCAGGGGGGAUGGGCGGUGAGGGGGGCAUGGAGGUGGAUGGCGCGUGGGGCAGUGAUGUGGGGGACGCGGAUGGGGCAGGGUUUGAGGAGUUUCUGGGGGAGAUGGUGAGGGGGAGUGGCGGAGAUGGGGAAGGGGAGGCACAAGGAGGAGACGAGGCAGAGCUGGUACGCACGUUUGGGGAAGGAGCAGCAGCGGUGGAGGGCGGUGGUGAGGAUGGGUGGGGUGGAGACGAGCACAUGGCAGCGUGGGAUGGUGCGGCAGGUGGGGGCGAGGCACUAGUGCUGGCCGAAGCGGCAGUGCCAGCAACUCCAGCGGCAGCAGCACCAGUGGAUGCAGUGCAGGUGGCAGCACGUGGUGGUGAUGAGUCUGCUGCUCUCACUGCUGCUGCCGCUGCUUCCCUGGCGCCCGGUGGUGCCCUGGAAGAGGGCGCCAACGCAGGUGCCUCUGGUGUCGGGGCCGCACCUGACUCAGUCGCUGCUGAUGCCCACGGUUUGCCAGGCAAGCCCCCCGCCCUUCUGGCAGCAGCAGCAGGAGAAACAGGAGCAGCAGCAGCAGCAGCAGCAGGAGCAGGAGCAGGAGCAUCCGCAGCAGAGGCAGAGGCGAGUCUAUCCGGUCUGCGGGUGCGGUGGCGAGGCCACAGGGGCGCCCCAGCGCAGCAGGCAGGGGGGGCAGCAGUGGCAGGGGCGGGUGCAGUGCCGUGCAGGUGGAGUGAGCGCAGCCGGGCAGCAGCAGCCGUGCUGGCAGGGCUGGCACCACAGGCGGCAGGGGCGAGGGGCAGGGGGCGUCUGGAAUGGGGAGGCGAGGGGCAUGCGGGUGUGGUGGGUGAGUGGCGCGGGAGGAGGCAGCGGCUGGCCCUGGGGUCAUGUGCCGUGCCCCUGCUGCCCCUGUCCGGUGGCGAGGAGGAGGGCGAGGACGAGGAGGAUGGGCGAUCAGGGGCGCUGGCACUGAUGGGCGAGUGGAGGGGUGGUGAGGCGCUUGGUGUACGGGGAGGAGGUGGGGUGGUGGGGAAGAGGAAGAGAGCGGAGGAGGAGAGGGCGGAGGAGGAGGAAGAGGAGGAGGAGGCGUUUGAUUGGAGGGAGUGGGAUGGGAUGCGGUGCACAUACAAGUGCAGGAACAUGGUAAUGCAUGUGGGUCACCAUUCACCAUUCACCAUGGCCGUGGCAGGGGUUCAUAUUGUACUAACAACCAUGCCACUCAAGCGCCCUCCUCCUGCUCAUGUGAAGGCGGAGUUUAUGGCGCACACGGCGCGUGUGGAGAAGCAGCUUGCAGAUCUCACUCGCACCCACCACCGCACUGCAGCUGCCCUCACUGCUGCUGGUAUCCCACCGCCCACCCACCUCCUCAGCCCUAUCUUCCGCUCCUGCCUUCACAUCACAUCGCAUUGGAUGCACUCCCUCCCUGCUCUCUCCAUACCUCCUAAGGAGCAGUGUGGGCGGCUGCAGCAGCAGGUGGCAUCGUUGGAGCGCGAGGGGGUGGCAGUGAGGGAGAGCGGCAAGGAGAGGGAGGAGCAGAGGAGGCGCGCGGCAGAGAGGGCGGAGGAGAGCAUUCGAGUGCAGAUGAAGCGGUGCCAUGAGCUCGAGCUGCAAGUGCUGCACCUCACGAAGCGGAGCACAGAGGCUGAGGCGAAAGCAGCAGCAGCAGAGGCGCGGGCGGUAGCAGCGGAGGCAAGGCAGGCGAGGGCGGAGGAGGAGGUGCGGGCGGUGCAGGCGGCACGGGAGCGGGAGGUGGCGGGCGUGCGCGCACACACGGAGGGGGAGAUAUUGCGACUGGAGGCUGAGGUGCGCAUGGGAGUGAGUCGCAUGGAGGCCAUGGGGGUGGAGAUGGAAUCACUGGAGGACGAGGCAGACGCUCUCAGGGCACAGCAUGCAGAGGUGCGUACAGCAUGCAGAGGUGCGAGCAGCAUGCAGAGGUGCGAGCAGCAUGCAGAGGUGCGAGCAGCAUGCAGAGGUGCGAGCAGCAUGCAGAGGUGCGAGCAGCAUGCAGAGGUGCGAGCAGCAUGCAGAGGUGCGAGCAGCAUGCAGAGGUGCGAGCAGCAUGCAGAGGUGCGAGCAGCAUGCAGAGGUGCGAGCAGCAUGCAGAGGUGCGAGCAGCAUGCAGAGGUGCGAGCAGCAUGCAGAGGUGCGAGCAGCAUGCAGAGGUGCGAGCAGCAUGCAGAGGCGGUGAGGGAGGCGGCGGAUGUGAGGUGUGAGUUGGAGCGCGUGAGGGGCGAGGGCGGGCUGGGGAAGUCGACCUCGGCAGUGGAGGCCAAUGCGCUGCUGGCCCGCCUGCGAGAGGACAACCGCCUCCUGGUGGUCACAGCAGAGACUUUUGAGUUGACUCACGUUGUUUCAAAGUCACACCGCUGUUUCUCUCUCCCCCCAUCCCCUGUGCAGCUGGAGCAGGUGGGCAAGGCGGAGAGGCAGCAGGAGGGGCGGCAGCGGUGGCACGUGUUGCAGCAGGAGGUGCUAGUGGAGCGAGCGAGGGCGGAUGCAGCAGAGGCGGCAGCAGCAGCGGCAGCAGACAUGGCAGUGCAGCUCAGACAGGCUCAGCGCGACCUGCAGCGCUGGCGCGCCCUGCUGCACUCGCCCGCCCUUCACCUCGCCGCCUCUGCUCUGGUUCCUCAUGGGACCGGGGGGUCCAAGGCGGAGGCCGCAGAGGAGGCACAGGAAGGAGUGGCUGUGGCGGCGCAGGGAGCAGACGAGGGAGCAGGGAGUGGGGGCGGUGGUGGCGAGGGGACGGGGGGAGGCAGGGAAUAUGGGCCUGAAGAUGUGGUUGCUUCCAUUGGGAAGCUGCAGAGUGCGGCGCUGUGUGCGAUGGCAGAGGCGGGCGAGGCAGCAGCGCAGGUGGUGCCGCUGAGAGCAGCGGUGGCAGCAGCAGAGAGGGCAGCGCAGGAGGCGAGGGCGGGGGAGAGCGACGUGAGGCGGCAGCUGGUGCAGUUGCAGGGGCAGCUGGAUGGCAAGGACUCUGAGAUGGCAGUGGUGGUGCGGGAGAGGGACUCCCUGCGCUGCAUGCUGCAGUCAUACGACGAGGAGGAGCAGGUGGUAGCGCACUGGCUCACCACCCCUCGCACACCGCUGCCACAAGAACCUGUAGCACCUGCCAUGCCUCUUGUGCCGCAUGCUGCCGCUGCUGGCACUGCCGAUGGUGACGGUGCUGGUGCAGAGAGAGUGGACGGGAGGUUGGUGACAGUGACGGUGCCUGGGGUUGCGGAGGGGGGAAGGGUCCUUGCCGUGCCCACAGCACCGCAUGCUGCAAAGAAGAGGCGCCUUGAG